AUGCCAACCCGUUACGGCCCGCAACUGGCGGCCCUGUCCGCUCAGGCCGUGGAAGAAUUGUCGGCCCGGCAUCGAGCCCGGGAGCAGGCCCUCGGGGUUUCCAGGCAGGUUAUCCGGAACUCCGCCAACGCGAUUCGAGCAGUUCACCGGAACGAUUUCGACGAGGCCCGGCGUCUGAUCGCGGAGGCGGGAUCGCGUCUCGCCGAGACCCGCAGCAUACGUGUCGACAACCCGGAGAUUUACUACGCCGGCUUUCUCUCCGACGCGCGCAAGGAUUUACGGAGGCGAACAUAA